GGCUUAAAUUUCUCCACCCCCACUUGAAAGAGAGAGCGAAAAUUGAUGAUCAGCUACAAUAUGUCGACCUUGUCCUCGGACCACUCAGCUAGUCCUAACUUAUUAUACUGCAGUGAAGUAGCCGCUGAUGUGGUUCGGCAGGAUUUGUAUGAACACUCUCAUACAACUCUGGAUUGCCUGUCGGACGAUGAGAACUCUAUUGUCAGUGUCUUCGAUUCUGAGACUGAUCAAAUGCUGGAAAUUGAAUCAAUACAUCGGCUACGUGGAAAUCCUGGAAUUGUUGGGGCUAGAAAAGACGCUGUCAAUUGGAUGUUGAAGGUGCAUGCUUACUACAAGUUUAGGCCUGAAACGGCAUAUCUUUCUGUAAACUAUCUGGAUUGUUUUCUCGCCUCUCAUACAUUGCCGCAAGGGAAAGGGUGGCCGCUGCAGCUAUUAUCCGUUGCUUGCUUGGCCCUGGCAGCAAAAAUGGAAGAAACAAGCGUGCCCCUUCUAUUAGACCUCCAGGUGAAGGGACCCAAAUUCUUGUUCAAGCCAAAAACAGUUCAAAGGAUGGAGCUCUUCGUCAUGUCCAAUCUGAAGUGGCGAUUGCGCAGGACUACCCCUUUUGAUUUCCUCCACUAUUUCGUUGCUAAGCUUUCAUGUCUUGGCUCUCCACUAAGUGAUUCCAGUCAAGUUUUCUCGCGUGCCUCGGAUCUUAUUAUCAGCACAUGUGAAGUGAUCGACUUCUUGGAUUAUCCUCCAUCAUCAAUAGCAGCAGCUGCCGUGCUAUGUGCAACAGAUCAAAAUAUGGAAGACCAGGAGUUGAGCUACUUCCAUAAGAGAGUAAGCAAAGAAUUGGUGAAAAAAUGUCGCAAUCUUAUGAAGCAAAAGAAGUGCAUUCUGGCACACGUUAAACGACAGAAGUUGCAGCCAGCACCACCAAGCCCUGUUGGCAUGCUUUAUUCGGUGAUUGGCAGAAGCUGCAGUGCUCAAAAAACAGGGGUAACAAGGAUUUGAAGUCAAGCCAAGAGUCACCAGGGAACUAGUGCUGAAAUUAAAUGUUUUUUUUUCUUCUCUUUUCUUUUCUUUUAAAUAACCCUCCUAUUUCUUCAUUUCUUUGAAGGUUUUUUUAGUACGUGUGUGACUACUGCA